CGCAUGUACUCGCUCAGUAUCAUUGCGCAUCCAUCACAAUUAACAACAACAAAUGUUGGCUGGCACCGCGCGCGCACGCCGAUUGCCGAUCGCCGAUACAAAAAGGGUUGGCAACUUCGCGCCGGCGAUCAGUUCGUACGUCGAUGCACUCGUGUCAUCAUCCAGACGGCGCUACUCAAAACAUAAAACAACAACGUUUAAUUAAAUAUUAAAUAUUGAGCAAACAACGACGUAAACUUUAAUUACAUUAAGUUUUUAAUUGAUAGUUUGAUUUAAAUUGAACAUUUUUGGAAGUGAUUUUGGAGAAGAAAUAAAAGGAGCGAGAUUAUUACUUAUACUUAUCAACAGAGUCUACUUAAGAAAAAAAUGGCGGUUACAACUACCACAAUGACAACGGCAACCACCACAACAAAACUUAACCCCAAAGAUGUCUCCACCCAAACAAAAACCUCGAAAAAACUCUCCCGCAGCGCUUCAAUCGAACGCAUCAAGAAACUCAACACGUAUAUCUGCUCGCAGAACUACUUCUUCCUACCAGCUCUCAUCACCUGGCUGCGUGCUCCUCAUGAUAAACUCCAAGCGAGCCUGGAACGCUUCAUCGCCAUCUUGAAAUUCAUGCUGUUUUCCACAUUCCUCCCGCGUCUGGCCAUUAAACUCUGCAUUUCUGCUGCAUUGAUGUCCUACAGAUCUCUGCACAACUUCCAGAGUAGAAUUAUACCCACAUUCGAGGAGAUUUUGAAAAGCACCAAGUUUAUUCAAUUUGCUGUGUAUUUUGCACUCACUGCUGUUGUGCUCCAGCUGGUCACUUGUUUGUAUUACUUGUCUGGAGUGAUGCAAUCCGGUGGGUUUGUGUUUCUUUGCUCCUGUUUGUAUCUGAUCACACAGAUGAACUACAGUUGUCUGCAGUUCUUUCUGAGGGAAAAGGAGACUUUCAGUAUGGUUGGUGGAAGGAUGGUGCAGGUCCAGAAGCGGCUGAGUAGAAAGGAUAUUCUUGGCAAGCGGACUAUUAGUAAUAUGAAUUUGAUUUAGAUGUAGAACUCUUUUCAAUUUUUUCGGUGGAGAUGAAAAUUUUGAGGAAGAGUUAUUUUAUUGAAGUCUGAAAUCUUGAUUGCCAAGUGACUGAUGAGUGAUUAAUAUUAUGUACUGUUUUGAUUGAUAUGGAGAAAUGUUGAGUGUAAUUAAUGUAAUUAAUGUAAUUAUUUAGCUUUAGUUAUUUAUGUUUUGUUUCUAUUUACUUAAUUGUUGUUGUUUGUUGUCUAGUUUUUUAAGAAUAUUUGUACGAAGAACCACCUCGAAUUUUAUACAAAAAAUGAAUGAUUGAAGAAGCAAUAAAGUUGAAAAUCUUUAAAAUGA